AUGAGAGAGCAUCCGAGUUCACCACCUGUAACAAGUUGGCAUCAAGGUCAUGUCAAACUCAUCGCUUGUAACGAUCAGAGGUCGAGUGAUCUCUUUACGCUUGCUGUCGGCAUGCUGGGCGAAGGCAGGCCAGGCGCAAAACUCGAGAUCGUUGCAAAGGAAGAUAUUCCUUGCAGGCCGAGAGCUCACGCAUGGAUCCCGAAAGAACCCUCUUGUCCAGAUGACAUAAGUGAAAUGAUCAGGAUCAGCAACCCGAACCUCCCUUGUCACGGCUGGAAGGUCGCGAAACUGGAGGAGCCAAAGGGUCUUUAUCGAAGUGCGAUUAUCGUAAUCAAUAAAGACUCUGUGGCUUCUCUGGUGCGAGAUAAGAUACGGCAUCGAGUCAGUCACGCUCCACGUUUAUAA